GUUGCAUAAUUCAGGCCUGGGUGUGAUUUUGAUGUAUAUCUAAUGUGUGCAAAGAACAAAACAGCAAGCAGAUGUCAGCGCCGACAGUAAAAUGCCAGAGAAGAAGUAAAGGGAGGAAAGUCGAGAGGAAAUAUGUGAAAAUUAAAUAUUUCGACAUGCAAACAACCAAGCACUUCAUGGACGUCUCCUCGGCCUGGAGUUACCCACGGGACGACUUUGAUCGCGUGUGCAAGAUCAUUUGGAGCAGAGCGGAGGAGGUGGAGGAGAAGUUCGGCCGAGGUCGACAUGCGCCGGAGCCGCCGCAGAGAGUAGACGGUGGACACACACAGAGCAAGACAAGUCACAGGGUGAGGGAACAGCAGAAAGAAAAAGACGAUUUGGGCUUAAACCCUGAAAUUAUUGGAACGUGUCCUUAUCUUCUGGGCUGCAGACAUCACCACGUCCCCAAGCCUGCACAUGUACUGAGACCUGUGAUGGGGACGAAGGAAAAACUAAAUAAAGGAAAGGAAGACAGGGAGAGGAAUGUAGUAGGGACGCGUGAAUCCCUGGGUAACAACCAACACCCAGCGAAGACUCAGCAACUUCAUAAAAAAUGUGAUAAAAAAUAUAAAACAAAACACGCACAAACUCAUCCAGCAAAGUGCUGCCAAGUGACGUGUGACGCCUAUCACAGACGGAGGGAAAACAUUUCCCAUGAAGCCUCUAUCAACUGGACAGCAGAGCACAACUGUGUAUUGGAUCUUAAAAUGUCCAGCUCGGUCAGCCAAAAUAAUUUUUCUACUACAUGUUUAAAAGCCUACAGCCAGCAAUCAUCCUCAGCAACGCCGCACGCCACCUCUCCGCUGCUUACCUUAGGAAACUUAAAACCAAAUUUGAGCAUCGCUACCAAUCAGAAGGCAAUGCUAUGAGUCACUCAGAAUCUUCUAACAACUCUCCCCACCCACACACACACGCACACACACACUAAGGCACAAAUGCAAACACCACAUCUUUCUGUGAAGGUGUCAAAACACAGUGACUCUAUCUGUGUCGUGGAGGAACACUGCCUUGUUGGGAUGACUCAGUGGGAAUAUGUUUUCAUAAUCACGGAAUCAUUAUGCAGCCGCACAGUGAAUUACUGGGGGGUUGCAUCAAGCGGGGUUUGGACGCAGAACAGAACGGACGCAGGUGAAAAUAAAAGAGAAAAACUCAAGCAACGUUAACUUUUAGAAAAGUAGCAACAUUUGUCCAGUGCCUCCUACGCACUCGGGUACUCUCACUCUGUGUAUCUUUGUGUAUAAUACAGUAGAUACUGCUGGCACUGUGCAGUUGGUGGACAGUAGCUCAGGGAUUUUAUGUCAGUAUAUUUUGUUGAACUGCAUCACUUCUUAUGGCACAUCACCAUUCAAUGCAUUUACAGUUGCUAAUUUAAUCUUGGCAGCAGGUUUAGAUUUUUUUUUAUUCAGUGAUCAACCUAUCCACAGGAAUCUAUUUGUCAGGAAGCCACUGAGUUAAAAACUAAAAAGUAACAGCAUCCAAGCCAGGUUUAUAAAUGUGAUAUUUGCUCCAACAUUUUCAGGGUCGAAAACCCCAACAAAAAAAUGAAACAAGAUAUAGUGAACAAACUUGGCAAAUCUACUUAAGACGUCUGAGAGACUCUAAACUUUUUAACCUACUUAUUCUAAUGUCUCCAUUACACUUUCGUAGGACAAUUCACAUUUGACAUCAUUGUAGAACUAAUGCGAUCUUGGGUGGUGGCUAGGUGGGGUAGAGUUGUCAAAGUGGACUCAAAGCAAACAGACGCAAGUCUUUGGACAUUUCGGCACACAGGUACAGUGCACGGGACAGAGACACAAGUAUCAUGUCACCUAAAUCUGAUGUUCAGUCUUUGUUGUUCAUGUUGCAGGUGAAGUUCUAGAUGAUGUCGAUGUCAAUUCUAGAACACGGGCUGGUGUUGUUAAAGCCGGCAAACGGCCACCGGGGGUCCCGCAGCGUACAAGAAGGAAAUAGAGGAAGAACAAAGCAGUGGGGCAGAAAUGUGCAGAGCUGUCAACGCCAGGUCUGAGCUCCUGACUGAGCACAAAACUACAUCACUGUUAUACGGUGCACAGAGACUCUAAUUGUCUUGAUCAAUAUUUAUGUCUUUUUAAAUAAAAGGACUUGGAAUUGACGCACUC